AUGUCGCUGCAGACGUUGCUUGUUCCUUCGGUACAGAGGAUUAUUCGUAUCAGUCCGCCGCCUCAUGUUCUAUCUGAGUCUUAUACGACUACUCGAACAGAUCACUUUGUUACUCUCCCAGACGAGCUCCUUUUAUUGAUAUUUUCCCUUCUUGAAGCAGAGCAGACUCCUCAUGAGAUCAAACUCGCACAAUGGAGUCCUUUAGCCAGGGUCUGCCGACGGUGGCGCGAUGUGGCAGAAACCCUCCUCUACCGGACGCUCCUGUUGAAAGACCGCAAUCCUCGGAUUGUUAAAUGGUGGGCGACUGAUAAACAGAGACUGUCGAAGCUGCUGUCGACGUUGCAAAAGAGACCCCAUCUUUGCUAUUAUACCCGAUCUUUGCAGGUCACCGUCGACGAUGAUGCGUACUCCGACGAUAUCCUUCACAUCAUGGAUCUUCUGCCUUGCGUUCGGCAAGUAACCAUGCAGUUGGACCUUGUUAAAAGUUCAUACCUCCCUCUUCCACAAAGCGUCGAAAGGAUGAAGCUCGAAGAACUCGAGUUCGUCGGAUACGGCGCUGCUCCUUCCUUGAACCUGCUGUUCACCAUCAUGAGUCAGAUGCCAACCUUGAGGAGAUUGUUCACCUACCGUUGGGGUUGGUGCCGGGAUGGCAGUAUAUAUACGAGCUUUGCACACGACGACAGUGCUUCUAUAACAACAGAAGAACUAUCACAACUUCUUCCAGUUAACAAGCAAGGAAAAUCCCCAGUGACAAGCCUGGAACUGCAUGAUCCCAAGACAUCGAUUGAAGUAACGGAAUGUUUCCUUCGAUGGCCCGCUCGACUGCAGGAGAUCAGUCUCUUGUCACUCUGCUACGGACCAUACGAGAGUCACUAUGACGCCCGUAGCAUCCAGCGACUGCUUUCGAUUCACAAGGACUGGCUGCAAAAGAUCACCCUUGGCCCUAUUCCGCCCCAAGGGGAGGAUAUUCCCGACCUUUCUGACUUUCCUCGGCUUACCGAUAUACAUGUAACUCUCUACAAUUCUUCGUCCAAUGAGCGUGAGACGCCGUAUGUCAUCUACAAGAAGCUUGCAGCACCCAAUCUCCGACAACUCGAAAUCGAUCUCGGUAAUGAACGUCAGCCGCAUGACCAAUGGGUUGCCGAGUUCCUUGCUCUUGUGCGACUUGGACGGAAGGGAUGUCCUCCGCAAACAUAUCUCCAAUGGGUGGAUGUCAAGUUCUGCCGAUGGGGUGACUUGGCCUUGGGGCUCGCGCGGAGGAGCAGUAUCAACUGCGAGAGUGUGCGAUAUCACAUCGACGCCCUGUGA